AUGAAUGAUGGAUAUAUUAAUAAUAAUAAUGAAAUGCUUAAAUACGUACCAGAUGAAGAAAUUGACAAAAUUCUAGAAAUGCUUAAGGUAGAAAAGUAUCAUUCUUUGAGUAAAGACGGUGAACAAAUUUCUAGCGAUGAUGAAGUAAACAGAGAACUAUCUAAAGUGUCUCAAUUAGUAGACAACAUAGACAAAGAAUAUAUUUUAAACAAUAAACAAUCAUGUUGUUUCGAUUUAACUAGGAAGUUUGAAGGAUAUACAUUCGUUAAAGAUUAUAUUGAGAAAGCUUCCAAAAAAGCAUUCACAAUUGAUGUUGAUAAAGUUGAAUUAAAAACUCAAAUAAAUAAUGUAAUUGAAAAUAUAGAAAAAUGUAAUAGAAUGUUUGAUAUUUUAUGCAAACGAAACUUUAUAUCAUAUGAAAAUAUUUCAAGUAUUUUACCUUGGCUUUCCAUCUUUUAUGGAAAAGAACAAAAUACAUCCGGUCAAAUGCUUGAACAUCUUACAAACACUACUGAAUUUUCAUAUAAAAAAUGGGAAAAAUCGGAGCUUAUUAUUUCAAAACAAAGUAUUCGUCCUACAAAUAGUUUUAUCACAGAUGUUAAAAAUGCGUUAAAAGGUACUGAUAAUAAAAGCAAGGUAACUAAACUUCGAGAGGUAACAAAAAAAUAUGGCAACUUCUACGCACGUCGACUUGUUUUUGGAGGUGCUAUAAUUAGAGAAAAUACUAAUAUAGAAACUGUAGAAACUUUAGCAAAUAUUAUUAAUAGCAAUCAAAAUUCUAAAGUCAGAAUUAUCGGUGGAAUUAAAAAAGAAUACAAUAAUGAUUCUAUAAAAUCUUGGGUCAAUUCUCUUGAUAAUUAUACUACUUGGGACAUCAUAGAAUAUGACGAAAUUUAUUCAAUCUUCGAUUUAUUAGAUGAUAAUUUACAAAAAGAAAUCUUAGAUGCUUUAGGUCACCGAAUAUUAAAAGCGGAUGUCAAAGAUAUUCCAUUAAAUUGGGAUUUUUCAAAGAAAUCAACAUACGUACAUUCAUUAACUACACAUUUUGCAGAGUUAGAUAAAAUCACAAAUAUUUACAACUGUCACAUAUUUGCUUCAUUUAUAAACAAGAAAGAUAGAGAUUUUUUUUCUUUACGAAUAGAUUAUAUGAAUAAAAAUAUCCCUUUAAUUAUAGUUCAUCCUAAAAGGCCUCUACAUAAAAAAUGUAAAAAAUACCCUAUAAAAAUUGGAUGGGUCAUUGUUGGUCAGCUUAAUAAUUUUGACUUUGACCAGACUAAAUAUCCUGUAGUACUCAAAAAAAGUAGCGAAUAUUCUAUUUUAAAAGUGGAUAAACAUUAUAAGAUAGAAUUUCCUAAAUGCGACAGAUAUUUAGACUUUUUGGAUUCAUGUGCAUUGAACACAUGUGUAUUUGGUCUACUGAAAGUUAACUCAUCUGAAUUACACUUAACUUCCAAUAAUUUAACUAGCUUUUCAGUUUAUGAUUUAAAAGAUAUAAAAAAAAUCUUGGAAUGA